AUUGAUAUUUCGUCGUAUCAAGAAUAAAUUCAAGAGUAAAUAUUCAAAUUUGAAAAUAUUUUUUUAAUUUGACUCUUAAAUUGCAACUUCUAGAUCUGUACAACUAUACACUUCAGUUCAGCAUCUUUAACAGAUACGCAGUCAACGCAGAAGCCCAGCAAAGCCCAUCAAUAACCAUGACCAAACUAAUGCCUAUUCUGUUCGCCUGCUACAUGCACCUCUUUUCGGGGAAGAAUGCUUAUGAGAACCAAACCUAUUUGGGCAGCCUUAUAUUCUUUCUGUCUAUGAUGGAUCUGCUGUACGGCAACGAGAUACUACCCAAGAAAUAUUGCCGUAUGGGUCGGUUGUUCAAGGUAAUGCUGGAGACAUUCUUUGUCUGGAUUAUAAAUGGCACUCGUUUCUUUCUUUUGGAGUUGAUCACCGUGUCACUAGGUCUGUUGCACUGGGGGAUGAUCUCUGCAGUCACUCAUCAGCAGUACGGUCUCUAUAACUUUCUAUUCCGUACUUGUUACAAAAAAAUUCGUGAAUUCGUUCGCUGUUGAACAACCUCGGACAGCUAAAAUUAAAGGGAUCUUGACGAAUCCACAGAAAGAACUCCAUCUAAAUUGAAUGUCUGGAGACUAUUGCAAAAGGACAACUUGCAUUCAUGUCAAAAUGGUUUUUUUUCAAAAUAAAAGUAUGUUCCCGCCAAAUUCGAUCCA